CCCCUCAUCAUAAAACCCUCUCUAAAACCAUUCUCAGUCCCAUCUUCUUCUCUGCUCUCAGAAGAAAGACGCCUCAGAACAAAACCCCUAAAAUGGAUAGCUUUCCGUUUUCUUUACCAGAAUCAACCUCACCACAUUUUGAUUUGUUUGAUGCUGCUUACACUGGGAAACUCAAUCGAUUCAAGAGGCUGGCUUUGAAUCAUGCUAAAGGUGAAGGGAUUGGAGUAACAGAAGCGAUUGGAAAGGUUAAAGAUGAAGAUGGAAUAGGAUGUCUUCAUUUUGCUGCUGCUGGAGGAAGUUUACAAGUUUGCAAAUACUUGCUGGAGAAUUUGAAACUUGACGUUGAUUCCAAAGAUGGAAAAGGUCACACGCCCUUGUGUCAUGCAACUAUACAAGGACAUUUGGAAACUGUUAGAUAUUUACUUGAAAGGGGUGCCAAUGUUGAUGCAUUAAAUGAUACAAGUUACACUCCUUUACAUUGUGCCGCAGUGAUAGGUGAUACAAAGAUAAUAACCUUGUUACUUUCAAGGGUUGUUUGCGUGGACCUUGCAACUAGGUGUGGCACUGCCCUUCUAUUUGCUGCUUGUCAUGGUCAUCGAGAUGCUGUUAAAGUGUUGUUGGAUCACGGUUCAAAUCCUAAUGUUGUUGGUAGCCAGAGUAUGCUUAGACCGCUAAUUGCAGCAAUUUCUGUCAGGUCAUGGGAAGGUGUGGAACUUUUACUACAGGCAGGCGCGGACCCGAAUGCUGUGUCAUUUGGAAAUACACCUCUGACACUUGCAGCAAGUGAUGGACAUGUAGAUGACAUUAAGCGCUUACUGGAAGCUGGUGCAGACCCAAAUCAUAUAAGGAAUGUACGGUUGUAUUAAACUUUUCUACUUGCUCCAUUUCGUUAGAUUUAAUCGUAAUUGUUAAUGUCAUCACACUGUUGAUUGUGAACUAUUUGUGCAUAUUUGGAAAAAUAUAUAUUCCUGUAAUAUUGCAUGCAACCUAUUUGAGAAAAAGUCUUUAUAGAUUUCAGCACACAAGUGCGUAUGUUCAACCUUUUGAUGUUGUAACUUGGUUUGUUUAUUCAAUUGAUU